CCAGAAUAACUGCGCAACGAAAUCCGUUCCAAGCUGUGCUGGAAAACAUGUCGGCCAUGGGAACCGUAUUGCAUCACAUGGUGGUGCUUUUGACUUGGACAAGUAUCGUGUUUGCGAAAAUUUCAGUCCAGCUCUCUCAGGAUCCGAAUAUGUUGCCGGAGAUAGUACUGCAAAUUGCAACCCAAUUUUUUCCAAUUGGCCACCUUGCGUUGAUAUAUGAAGACGUUUCGAACGCUGGUGGAGUUUCCCGGGCCCUACAGAUGGAAGGCCGUUGGCCUCUUAUAUCGGUCACAGCCGUCCCAUCGGUCUGGCAUUCUUGCGCUGUCCUUGAAAAGCACCGUCCCGCCAGCUAUGUUAUGAUCGGAGACUUUAAUGACAUAUCUAAAGUAGCGAUUGGAUUAAGAACUCGCCAUCCUACCCGCUGGAAUAGCACUGCACAUUUUCUACUCCUGAUCAGGUAA